AUGUCCUGGACACAGAAAACCUUCACACUACCCAGUCGCAGUCGCGGCUCCUACCUCAUUACCGAUCAUGUCUUAUCUCAACUCCCCGAGAUCCACGACUACAAAGUCGGCAUGCUAAACCUGUUCGUGCAGCAUACGAGCUGUGCGCUUUCGCUGAACGAAAACUGGGAUGAUGAUGUUCGCGCUGAUAUGAGUGAUGCGCUUGAUCGCAUUGCGCCCAUGGACCGGAAGGGUGAACUUUAUCGCCAUUCUGCUGAGGGGGAGGAUGAUAUGCCGGCUCAUAUUAAAUCAGCUCUUAUUGGUGCUUCGGUGAAUAUUCCUAUUUCAAACGGAGUUUUGGCGACCGGAACCUGGCAGGGUAUCUGGUACCUGGAAUUCCGGACAAGUCGCCAUUCGCGUAAGGUUGUUGCGACUAUUCAGGGUCAGAAGUCGUGA